CGAGAUCAGUCCGCUCCUGUUCAGCUUACCAAAUACCUGCAAUUCCAUCAUGAAGUUGGUGUCGGGCGACCUAGCCAUCUGCGAAGUAUGUGGCACGCAAUACGAUGUUCCACUCUCUUCACCACCGAAGGAGUGUCGAAUCUGCCUCGACCCCCGCCAAUACGUUCCCGCCCACGGCCAAACCUGGACCUCCCUCAACGCCUCCCAAUCCACACAAAAGAAUGAAUUCCAAACAGACGAACACGACUCUCGGAUCCACUAUAUCACCACCAAACCUCUCACCCCUGCAGAGCUUCCUCCAGGCCUGAGUGACAGCACAACAACGCGCAAACAACUCGGAAUAGGCGAGCGUGCCAUCUUCCUGCAAACGCCCUCCGGGAACGUACUUUGGGAUCUAAUCGCUUUCCUCAACCAAGACACCAUCGAUUUCAUCGAAUCCAAAGGCGGUCUGAAAGCCAUCAUAAUCUCACACCCACACUUCUACACCACGCAUCUUGAGUGGGCUGCGCAGUUCAACUGCCCAGUAUACGUUGCUGCCGACGACAAGGAGUGGUUGAACAGGGAGGAUAAAAAUGGGGUCAGGCAUUUGUACAAAGGGACGAAGGAAGUAGUUCCCGGCGUGACGGUGAUACAGUGCGGAGGCCAUUUUGAUGGGAGUUCGGUGCUGCAUUGGGAGAUGAAGUUGCUUAUUGCGGAUACGAUGAUGAGUGUACCUUCCGGCUUCUACAACGCCGCCCAAUCCUCCAAAGAUCCCUCAACCGCAUCCUUCAGCUUCAUGUGGUCCUACCCGAAUAUGAUCCCCUUGCCACCGAGUAAGAUCCAUGGGAUUUGGAAGGCGCUCAAGCCGUUCGACUUCGAUACGACGUAUGGCGGGUUUCCGGGGCAGAAUGUUACGAGGAUGGAUUUGAAGAAACAGGUGUUGGAGAGUAUGAAGAUAUUCCUGAAGGUCGGAGGACACGAGACUGCGAGUGUAUUCGAUGAGACGUACUAAUCGCACCAUUGAGUGCGGAGCAACGAUAUAGGUGUAUGGGCAUGAUUGGCAAUGUACGUGUGGUGUGUAAUCGCAGUUGAAAUGUGCAAAGUGCACUACUCAAAAAAUAUCGAUGACUGCGG